AUGAUUGCACUGCCUGCCCUCCAGACCGCCAUUGUCGGUACUGCUGAUGGCAAUCUUGCCAUCUCCCAUGAAGCUGCCGUCCCAGCCAUCACUGGCGAUACGCUGCUGGUUCGGACCAAGGCAGUCUCGAUCAAUCCCGUUGACACGAAGAUGGUCGGUCCCUACAUUACAGCCGGAGCGAUUGCAGGCUGUGACUUUGCGGGUGAAGUCGUGUCUGUCGGUCCUGACGCCAGCUCCAAGGGUAUCCAAGUCGGAGACAGGGUUUACGGUGCUGUCAUGGGCAUGAACCCCCGCGAGCCGUCGAUCGGAGCCUUUGCAACCUACGUGGGAGUCUCUGCUACGAACGUUCUGCGUAUGUCACCGACUAUGAGUUAUGCACAAGCCGCAGCCAUCGGGACCUCCUUCAUGACCUCUGGGCUUGCGCUUUUCUACAGUCUCGGACUACCUGGAGAUUCAGCUCAACCGAGCCAAAGGACACGACCGAUCCCAGUCCUUGUGUCUGGCGGAUCGACCGCCAGCGGCACUGCUGCUAUUCAGCUGCUUCGGUUGGCGGGCUUUGCGCCGCUCGCAACCUCCUCUCCCGGUCAUUUUGAGCUGGUCAAGUCGUACGGGGCGACAGCUGUGUUCGAUUAUACCUCGCCUAGCUGUGCAAGUGACAUCCGGACCUACACGAAGAACAACCUACGGUAUGCCCUAGACUGCGUUACCACGGUGGAGAGCAUGAAACUCUGCUACAGCGCCAUAGGUCGUGCCGGGGGGUAUUAUACCGGCCUUGAUCCUUUCCCCAAAACUGUGGCAGCGACUAGAAAAAUGGUCAGGCCGGACUGGGUGCUGGGCCCGACAAUGAUCGGAAAAGAGAUCGCUUGGCCUGAGCCCCAUUACCGGGCAGUGGACCCCAAGAUUCGUAAGUUUGGACAGCGCUGGCGCCAGAUCGUGGAGGACCUGUUUCUUCGAGGGGAAUUGAAGGUGCACCCUAUUGAUGUACAGCAUCAUGGUUUUCAAGGGACUCUCGAUGGGAUGGAUAAAAUCCGAGAGGGACUUGUGCGUGGGAAGAAGCUCGUCUGUCCCAUUCCUGUGUAG